CAGUGCCAGUCGCUCGAGGUCUCGUCUCGUAAUUCCUGGAAGUCGAAUCGUUGCUAUUGCAUCACAUGACAAUUCCAUAUUCAUAAUCGUCAUUCGUCGGUUCAGUCGGUUGUGCGCUCAUGACUCAUGUAUAGUAUCGUGGUCUUGGAGUCUUGGCGAGUCUUGGUAAAAAAUGCUUUACCCCCACUUUCCAUUUCGUCUUUCAGUGAUUCGGUAUUCGGUUCGUUGUGUUUAACAGAACAGACGAACAGACGGAAAAAGUUGAAUUUGGAUAGCAGAUUGAAUUGAUUGUUUUCAUCAGAAAUUGUUUUUUCUCAACACUUGGUCUUCGUCUCACCAUCUGUAGCGUCUUAAGUUUUCGCAUAUUCAGUCGUGGAAAAUCUACUUUCAUUCAAAAUGGUUUUAAAAAAAGUGUGUUGUACAUCAUUGCGAAUGGGCAGUCUGGUUUUACUCUAUAUUCACCUGAUCAACUGUGUUUGCAGCAGCGUGUUGUCUGUUUUGGUGUCCGCUGUGGGCAAUCCUACUGUCGAUAAGUUCAUAAGUGAAAAUGCUGCAUUGUUUUACUCGGAUUUGUUUCUAUCGAUAGUAGGAGGAUUGAUUAUCUUGGCAACCAUCGUAUCUAUUACUAAAAAAACACCCUCCAAUUCUUUGUUGAUCGCGACCAUGUCAUUUUUAAUCCUGGGAGUGAUCUAUUGCGUUUAUGCGAUGGUACUAGUCAAUUUGAACGAUCCUUUUAAGAAACUUUACCAAGAGAUUGUGUACGAGAAUGCGCAGACACUCAUAGAGAAUCCGAAGGGUCGAGAAAGAUAUGUGAAAUAUAUGGAUGGAUUGUAUGGAUCGGUUCUGUCUUCUAUCUACCUCUCUCUGUUGUGUGAAAUUGCUUUCAUUCUCUAUUCAGUUCUGGUUUUCUACAGCUAUAUGGUUGAGAUAAAAGAAAAUAUUGCAAACGAUGUGCGAUUUGGAAAAAACAAUUCUGAAGAAGGUUACAGUCGUGUAGCUCCACCUUAUACUUCGCAGUAUGACACCCAACUGACCCAACGUCCCCAGUACUCCGUCAAUGUCUAACUUAAAAAGUGAUCGUCCACUUUUUACAAAAAAGUGACAAAUCGAUUUAUGUUUGGAAGCGUUUAAUUUUGUAAAAUUAUACCUAAUUGUAAGUAAGUUGAUUAAUGAUUAUUUACUCGUUUUUUUUUAAUUUUUAAAAACAUUUUUAUGAAAAGAAAUCCAUAGGUAUAAGUACUUUCAUUAAUGAUCUUCCACUUUUUAUAAUAAAGUGAUGAAUUGAUUUAUAUUUAUACAGUU